GCUGUCUCGCCCCCGUCUGCAGUUGAAUAAUUCACUCGAUUGAUUCCAGAUGCACCGGUCGGCCUCGCUCCUGUUGACUGCUUGUACUCUGCGGUCACCGGCGUGCAAACAACUGCAACGAGGCCUUCGCACCUCCUGCGCAACUCAUUGCACGGCAUCGGGUGAUGGAAAUGGCAACGAUCUCACCCCUAAUCCACCGAAGCAAACCUCGUUUGGCACUUGCCGUGAAUGUGGUGGCGUGCUGAAACCGGCUCCUACGCUCACACCGACUACAAGAUACAUCCAUUGCGAGAAUUGUAACAAAUUGUACGCUGGCAACAUCAUAGAUGAAAGCUCAAAGCAAUGGUCACUCAAAGGUGAUCAACGAAGAAGUCCACCUUAUCCUAGUCAAAUUGCCGAAUACUUGGAUCGCUUUGUGGUCGGCCAAAAACAAGCAAAGAAAACUCUUGCUGUAGGGGUUUAUCAGCAUUACCGUCGUCUCGAACACAACAUAGAAAGUGGAGCUGGAUCCAUUCAUCAAAUGAAAGAAGAGGUGAAAAGCACUCCCAGAGGUGUUUUGUAUCAGGAUGAAAAUAGGAUUGGUCAUAUUGCUUCUAGCGAGAUAAGGACGACUCCAAUGGCUUCAGCCUACAUGCAGCAGAUACCGAGUAUGCAGCCUAUAGCUCCUAGACGUGCACCUCCAGUGUUCCGCGCAAUUCCCGAAAAAGAACCUGUAGUGAGACUUGAAAAGUCGAAUAUUCUAUUAAUAGGGCCCUCUGGAGUCGGCAAAACAUUCCUUACCCAGACGUUGGCCAGAAUUCUUGACGUUCCAAUAGCACUUUGUGAUUGCACCUCAAUGACCCAAGCAGGAUAUGUUGGUGAAGAUGUGGAGAGCGUUAUUCAGAAACUUGUACAAGCAGCCGGCGGAAAUGCAGAGAAAGCGCAACAAGGCAUUGUAUUCCUCGAUGAAGUAGACAAAAUCGCUGCUGCACAUGAAGGACAUUCUGUUGCCUACAGAGAUGUAAGCGGUGAAGGCGUACAACACGCUUUACUUAAGUUGGUGGAAGGUACUGUAGUAAAUGUCAAAAGUGGACGUAAAGGAGUAGGAGCGCAACAAGAUACCGUUCAGGUGGAUACUUCGGAUAUCCUCUUUGUUGCGUCUGGGGCAUUUAACAAUCUAGAUAAAAUCGUUGCUCGCCGACUUGACAAGAAAAGUCUAGGAUUUGGCUCAUCCUCUGGUGAACUUCGGGUUUCAUCGGACGAUCCAAACUCUGAGCAAGCUAGAAAGCGUGAUCACUUGCUCUCAAAGGCUGACCAGGGAGAUCUGAUCAAUUUUGGUAUGGUGCCUGAAUUAGUUGGUCGUUUCCCAGUGCUAGUCCCAUUCCACUCUUUCGAUCAAGAUAUGUUGGUCCGUGUACUGACUGAACCACAAAACUCUCUACUCACUCAAUUAAAAUUGCAAUUUGCUAUUGAUAACGUAGACCUUUCCUUCUCAUCAGAAGCAUUACAGCAGGUUGCCCAAUUAGCACUGGAGCGAAAAACCGGUGCUCGUGCUUUGCGUUCUAUCUUGGAGGGUGUACUGUUGGACGCUAAGUUCACUGUCCCUGGUAGCGAUAUUGAAUCAAUACACGUUACACGGGAAGCAGUAUUAGGAGAGGCUGAAGUGGAAUACACGAGACGUCCCGCUGAAGUGAAAAUCGAGAAGAAGGCUGUAUCAGCCAUGUAAAAAACAAAUCAUACAGUCAACAAGCUGCAAGCCCUUUAUUGCGAUCAUCUGUUUGGUCAGAUUUUUUCGUGAUUUUUAUCCCACAUCAAUAUUCUUGAGUGAUUCUACCUAGCAUUCAUGAUACUCGCCUUUGGGGUGUUGUUACCGCUGGCUUUCGACCAGGAUAGUAUCUUCACUAAUAUCUUUCUGUGGACUUUUUUGGAGAAUUUUUGCAUCAAAUGUCAGUCAAUUCUCGUUUGGUACAUAAUGAGCACAUGGUGUACAUAUACAUG